GAAGUGACGCAGGCAGAACUCCGCUGGAAAGAAAACAAUCGCUGCGGCUGGCACGCGGAAGAGUUCACUGCGUCCUGCCCGGCCGCCCGUCACCUCCUCCUCCUACCGGGGAGACAGCGCGGGGCCCCCGACCGGGACCGACCCCGCCACGGCCAUCACCGCCUCCUCCUGCAGUGCCUCCUGAGGCCGGCUGGGUAACGGACGACUAUGGCAGCGUUGCAAGAUGUACUUUCUCCAGACAGCACCUUGCAGGCAUCAAACUUUGCUCAUGUAAUCUUUCAAAAUGUGGCGAAGACAUACCUUCCAAAUGCAGCAAUUGAAUGUCAUUACACACUGACCCAGUAUAUUCAGCCGCACCAAAAGGACUGGGUUGGCAUUUUUAAGGUUGGAUGGAGCACUGCCCGAGAUUACUACACAUUUCUCUGGUCUCCUAUGCCAGAAAAGUAUGUGGCAGAAUCCACAUGUGAUUGCGUGCUGACUUUUCAAGGAUAUUACCUUCCCAAUGAUGAUGGUGAAUUUUAUCAGUUCUGCUAUGUGACACAAAAGGGAGAAAUUCGUGGAGCAAGCACACCUUUCCAGUUUCGGACAACUUCUCCAGUAGAUGAACUUUUAACCAUGGAAGAUGAAGGCCAUUCAGACAUGCUGGUAGUGACUACCAAAGCAGGACUCCUUGAGUUAAAAAUCGAAAAAACAAUGAAAGAAAAAGAGGAGCUGGCAAAGAUAACCGCUGUAUUGGAAAAGGAAACUGUCCAAUUAAGACAACAAGUAGAAUUGCUGGAAACUGAGCUGACUCGUAAAAGAGAGCAGUAUGACCAACUGUCUUUGGAGAAAGAGGAAAUAAAUAAAACAUCUGAAGGUGUCAAAGCUGAAGGAGAAGAACUUAAGAAAAAAUGUGAGGCAAUGACUUCUAGAAUUCACCAAAUGGAAGAUGACAUCAUGAUUGUGACUCAGAAGACCAUUGCAAAGGAAACCGAACUGGAAAGUAUAAAAGAUAAGCUGAGAAAAGUGACACUAGACAAAGAACAUCUGGAAUGUCAGCUGAAAAAUGAGAAGGAUGAAAAAGAACUAUACAAGGUUCACUUGAAGAAUACCGAGAUAGAAAACACCAAGCUACUUACAGAAGUACAGACAUUAAAGAACUUAGACACAAGCAAAGAUAGCUUAAUUUCACACUACAAGGAAGAGCUUGGCAAGAUGAAGCUCUGUCUGACUGAGAAGGAGAAGCUUCAAACAGAGCUCCUGCAGCAUUCUGCAGACAAAGAUAAUGUAUUUAUUUUAAAGCAACAGCUACGCAAGUUGGAGGAUGACCACCAGUCUAGCAGGCAAGCAGCUUCUUUAAUGUCUAAGGAGCUAAGCGAUGCGGUGAAUAUUCGUGAUAGAACCAUGGCUGACCUGCAUACUGCUCGCCUUGAGACAGACUGUGUGAAGAAACAGCUGGCAGACAUUUUGUCUCAAGUCAGUGCGCGAGAAGUGCAACUUCAGAAAUCCACUGUAACCCCUGCGAUAAAGGUUCAAAUGAAACUGGAUGCAGAAAAUGCUAUUGUGGAGCAAGAACUGCGGAAGGAGGUGGAGGACCUAAAGCGAAGGCUGCAAAUGAGAGAAGAAAAUUAUAAAGAGAAAUUCAAAGAAUGCCAGAAACUACAGAAACAAGUAGUAAAACUGACAGAACAGCUGAAAACUGCAGAAAGUCAACAGAAGGAGUUAGAUCUUUAUUUGAAUGUCGACACUACAGUAGAAAUGCAACACUUUACUCCACCAGUGAGUCCAUUUUUGUCAGAGUCUGUUCCUGAUUUUGUUAUAAAAGAACAAGUCCAUGAAAUGACUAAGGAAAUUACUGAAAAAACUGAAAAAUAUCGGAAGUGUAAACAAAUGCUGACAGAAGAAAAGGCGAGAUCCAGUUCUUAUGCCGAUGAAGUAGCCAUGGUGGAACUGAAAUGGAAGGAGCAGCUUAAAAUAAAUGAGAGCAUCAAGCUACAGUUAGCAUCAAUUGAAGAUCAAUAUAAAAUCCAGUCUGCAGAAAAAGAUAAGGAAAUAAUGGCUCUUUCACAUAAUGUUGAAAUGCUCCUUAAUGAGAGAAAAAAACUGGAGAAUGAUAGGAAGGAACUAGAGAUAAAUUUGGAGAAACUAUCAGAAAGAGCUGCAAGUGGACAGAAUUUGGCAAGUGGGGGUCAGAGUGGUGGCCAGAGUUUGCAGUUUUAUGAUGCUUACUGUGAUGAACAUAGGGCAGUGCCCAUCAUCCCUGUCCAACAACCUAUUCUGCAGUUUGGGAAUCCUUAUGCAACACAAGCAACAAGAGAUGGAGCUGACGGUGCGUUUAAACCAGAGGAUUUCAAGGCACUACCUGUUGGGCCACCAGCAAGGGCCAACACAUGGGGGCUGGAAGACAAGGUUGUGUGUAGCCAGCCUGCUCGCAACCUGAGUCGACCGGAUGGCUUGGAAGAUCCCGACGAUAACAGUGAUGAUGAUGAUGUCAUUUUCCAUCUGGACCAGGACGAUCCCAGCUUUUCUGGACAAGAGCAAGCUAGUUUCUGCUUUGAUCCAAGAUAUGCUAUGCAGAAGAAGUGCCCUCUAUGCUCUUUGGUAUUUCCUCCUAAUUUUGAUCAAGUUCAGUUUGAAGCUCACGUUGAAAGUCACUGGAAGGUGUGCCCUAUGUGUAACGAGCAAUUUCCUCCAGACUGCGACCAACAGAUCUUUGAGAAGCAUGUUCAGACACACUUCGAUGGCAAUGUCUUGAAUUUUGAUUAAACGCCUUUGCUUUGUGUUUGAAAAGUGGCGGUGAGAAGUUCACCUUAAAAACUAAAAGUAAAACCUAGCUUAAAGCACCACGUAUAGUGUGAGAAAUGCUCUGCAUUGUAAUUUCAGUUAAAAUCUGUUUUGGAUAUUCCUUUCUUUAUAUUUUGUAAUUUAUCAUGCUGAGAUUUCAUCUUUAUAUAUCCAACAGAAACCUUUAGUGUUCCAUGUGUGUCCAAGUCUAAUGCAACUAAUCUCAAUUUCUUGUUGUAUUGGAAUUACACAGAGCUGAACUCACUGUUGUGUUUAUCCUACCAGCGGCAGUUUACAGCAUGCCUUUAAAUCCCACGACCCAGUUUUGUGUUACACUUUAUUUUGGUGAAGGGGAUUGUCUGAAAUAAUGGAAGUUACACACUGCUUUCCUCUUUUUAUUUCGUUCUGGGUAGAAAUAAAACGUUAACUGCUUGUAAAAUAGAAUAAUAUUAUCACUAGCCUUAUAAACAACUUGCAUCUAAAUUCUGUAAAACUGGAAGGCUGGUGAUUAAAUUGAUUCAAAUCCAAUACACUAUACUACUGAUAAGUCUGUAGGCUUAUAAUGAUCUAAAAUAAUUUUAAAAUAUUUAGUAUUUUCUACAUCUUAUAGAGUUAAAGUCGAAUGGCAAAAUGUAUACUUAAAAGUAUAAAUAAAUCCAUCGUACAACAUGGGUACAUCUUUGAAAAAGACCUAAACAUCUAGAAGAAUGAGCACAAUCGGUCUGUGUCCAUUAAUUUCCACUGUAUUGACACAUUCAAAUACAUUUUAUGUACAAAUUUGGGUUUUAUCUGUACAUCUUAUCUAUAUUGUCUCCUGUUAAUAUUUAUGACUUAGUAUUGUGUUCUAAUUUGCUUUCCAGGUUUUCAUUCUGUAUAAUUUUGUUUUCAAUAAAGGAAAAUCCAUAUGUU